GGGUAUUGCAUGAUUCUAUCUGAUCUUCGUCUUCGUCUUCGUCUUCGACUUCUCCCUCUCUGGCCCUGUCGGCUAUCGAAUCAUUAUUCAGCGAGGUUCGGCGAGGUAUCGGCAGCCAUUGCCGAAUACCGUCAACCUCCCCUCACUGAAUGGAUCCCCGAUCUUCAUCUUUGUUUGACGAUCAUAAUGGAGGUGGGUGAAAUAAGAGACAGGAAAGACGGGCGAGGGACUGAACUACAUACAAGUGAUACUGUAGUCUAUUUAUUUACUGAGUAGGUGUGAAUAUUUCGCUCAUUCUCAUGGCUGAUGCCAUCGCAUUCCUAGCUUCGAGCCUAACAUACUCCGUACUGUCUGAGAUUUCCCUCCCCCCUCUUCUCUUCCUCCAGACAGUAAUCAUUUGUCUUCGUCGGAGCCGAAACGAGACACCAGUCAAGGCAGUGCUGAUUUCUGUCCAGGUGAUCGUGGACGCACAGGUUAACGGCCCCUCCCAUCGGCACCAGCCUAUCUCCAUGUCAUCCCCACCCCAUCCUGCCCAUCCUUCCCAUGCAGCUCGUCUGCAACCGUUCAGGCGCACUGACAGCUUCCAACCGGCUUUCCCGCCACAGUUGCUCGCCAAAUCGCGCGCUUCAGGUAUUUGUUUUUCUUUUUUCCCUUUCCCCUUCCUCUUCCCCUUCCAACCACGUUUCGUGAUCUUCUCUCCCAAUCCUGGUUUUUGUCAUUUCUUCUGUCCAGUGACGUUGUUUAAUCUGUUGAGAGAGUCCCAGUUGGGUUGGCCCAUCUUGAGUUGUCCUUCGUUAGCUCCGAGGCUCUAAAAUUUUAGUGAGGGUUAGAAUUCUUGUCUACCCCUCCUAUCUCCUUGCUUUGUGGGGGGGGGGGGGAAGGAAUCCAAGCCAUUUUGGGCAUAUCGAAGACUGGCAAAUACGCAGGAGGGGGGAGGGAAUUGAAAACAAUGCGAUGAUCACAAAGACGUUAUU